UAUCGAUCGGUGCGCAAGUGCGCGGCAGGAUUCAGCAAAACAUAGCCACAGUGUGAUAGAGCCAGCCACGGGAUGCGUACGUUACUUGCCCUGAUAGCGACAGUGCUCGCGUGUGCCCUGGCCCGCCCUCUUGUUCCGAGCGAAGAUACACCGCCGGUGAGACCGGGCCAAGCACGUAACCAUGGUCCUCCAAAGUAUAUUUCCGAUUACAUCCUUCCACGUCUUCUCCUGCCAAGAUUUGAAGGUUACGACGAGAGUUUGAACCCAGUACCACCUGAAUCAGAAGUGGACCACCUCGAGGUAGAUAUGGAUAUCAUGGAUGGUAUACCAAUGCAAGAGACUGAAUUAUCGCCGUACUAUUAUGGAUAUGUGCCAGGAUGGAUCCCAGAAUCUAGGCGAGUCUAUAUGAAGAACAUCCUGGCCGACUCCACCAACAGCAAAUUUACAACACGAGCACCGUCGAACGACUACUUCAAAUCCAUCUACAGACAUAUCAGCUCAAAGCCUGAACUGUCAGCUAUUGAUACGGAGUCUAAAAACUUUGCUUUAUCUCCACUGAACAAAAAUUAUUACAUAAAUAAGGUAACAUCCGUCGCUCCCACACAAGAGAUUGACGUUUCUGAAAAUCAAAACUUAAACGUGAUCGAACAACGCAAGACACGUCAGAACCCCAAUUGGAGCAAGCAAAAAUCUCUUAUAGCUGAAAACCUGGAUCGACUACGGACCGGCUUUACUCAGGAAGAUGUUGAAGGCACGGACAGCCCGAAACACAUUCACGUGCUGGAAACACCACCAGCUGAUCCGGCGGAGUCAAUUUAUGGAGUGGCUUUAAUAGCUGCUGCGGGCUUAGCCUUUACCAUGGCCUUCAUUGGUCUUGCGUUUGGAUGGUAUACCUUGUCAAAAAAAGCAAAGGCAGCCGCAGAUGUGGACUAUCCGGCUUACGGUGUAACCGGGCCUACUGUGGACGCCUCCGGAGACAGAAAACUGGCUCAAUCAGCCCACAUGUAUCACUACCAACACCAGAAGCAACAGAUUAUUGCUAUGGAAAGGAACGGCAUGGAACAACGUAAUGGAUCGGUUUCUGACCCGGAAUCUGAAGAAGAAAAUGAAGAAGGUGACUACACGGUUUACGAAUGUCCCGGAUUCGCUACCACUGGUGACAUGGAAGUUAAGAAUCCGCUCUUCAAAGAGGACUCCACUCCAGCGAACGCCGCUAUCCCCGCCAAACUUGAACCGGCUAAGUCCCAGCCUAAGGAAUAAUUGCUACCCCUUCGCCUUGUCGGCGAACCAGCCCGCACCUAUAGAAACCUGCUCUCACCGCUGUUCCUAAUCAGACACUUCGGCACUCCGAAUUACUUUAUCAUGUUUAUGUCACGCAAUCGACUUCUCUAAGCAGGUGGUGCACGGUAUAAAACUUAACGCGUUUUGUGUUUAAAAAGGCGUCGUGGCUGUAAAAUAUAUCAACCUCGGGUAAACAAUGUACGAGAAUAUGACUUUCCGAUACGUCAGCAGCUGUUGUGGACAGUUAUCAACUUUUUAAAUAUCAGUUUCAUGUUGCUGAUUGUGUGUUGUAGUUAACUAAAUUCUACCAUUAUAAUUGUGCGCCCUGUAUUGAAAUUUUUAUAUAUGUAUGUAUGUUUAUAUGAAGAGCUCAUAUUAUAUUAUGAAAUAUAUGAAAACAUGUAUCUAAACAAAUUAAUUAAAAGGAUAGAUAAACAAUUUCGUUUAUCUCGAACCAAGAACGGCCUGUCAUCAGAUACGACAUUCUCAUUUCAGUGACAAAUUUAAGACACCUGUGUGCCACACUUGAAUUGGAAAAUACAGGAAUAUUUUGUAGUAUUGUAAUGUUUAUGACAACGUCAAUUGAUUCAUUGACCGUUUAAAAUAUAUAAUUGACGUUGAAAAUAUAGAAACUAUUUAUACUUUUUAAAAUUAAUAGAGGAUAAAUAUUCCGUGAACUGGAAACGCGACGAACGUUCUAGUAUUUUGUUUUAUAAAUAGUUGAUAACAAAUAGUAUGAUCACUCAAUAGAUAAUGCUCAAGAUAUUUUGUUGUAUAUUUUAUGACAUAAUGAAUUUAAAAAUUUGGAAUGGUUAUAUACACUUUGUUGAAAGUAUGCAUAUUAAUAUAUAUAUAUAUAAGUAUGCAUAUUAAUAUAUAUAUAUAUGUUCCGUAAUAAAUAAAAAUAUUUCUUAUACAACUAUUGAUCGCACAAUUUUAAUUGUAUAUUAUUUAUAAAUUAAUUCAGUAAUAUAAUUAUUAAUAUUCACAUUAAAUGUCAUAUCCAUAGUAUUAAGUGGAACGCUGCAUUUACGACAUUCACAAUUCUCUGGGAUCAUGUGUUAAAAGUAUUAAAAUAUAUCUUUCUAUAUUAUAGUAAUACAUUCGACUUAUUCGUGUUUGAAGCAUUGAAAAAAAAUACAAAAAAAAUCGACACUGAAAAUAGAUGUAAGCAAAAAUAUUAUACGAUAAUCUAAUGGGUUUUAUUCAUCUGUGAACACUAAGUAUGAAGUAUUAAAAUAUAAUAUGUUAAUCAAUGUAGUUAAUAUAUAAUGAAUGUUAUAUGUGUAUAAAUACAUCGUAUUAGUCUCGUAAUUUUAAAUAAAUAAUUCAUAUAAGGGGUAUACCUCGCUUUAGUUAAUUGCAUCGUUUGGAUAGAGAAAAUAUCAACUGACGUCUUGGAUUCUUUGUUUUAUACAAAUGCAAAGAAACCAGCAGUUGCUAUUCUCAUCGGUCCACGCUUGUUCGUUAAUUUAUUAGCAUUUAAUGAUCUCAUCUCACUUAUAAAAUAUACAUAAAACCGAUUUCAUGCACAAUUGCUUCAGGAGUAAUAGUGUUUAUAGUAGUUAAAAGAUCUAUCGGUUGACCUUCUUCACAAAUCUUACAGUUAUUAAUGUAAAGUUUCUGUAAAUUAAAAUAUAUUAAACGAUUGUAUUAAUUUUAAUAUCGUUCAAUAUUUUUAUUAUUUAUAAUCAUAGGAUACGAGCAUAACUUUUUCUCAUUACAUAAACGUCUAUUGAUAUAACUUCAGACAUAUCUGUCACUGCUUUUCCUCUUAUAGCCUCGUUUAUAUUAUUGGACUUUUUCUAUAGGAAAUGUGUAUUUUUUUUACUUUUCAUAUUAUUAAUAUUUUAUUUUUUAAUUUUAUUAAUAAGAUGAUGUUAUUCGCUUUGAAAUAUAAAUGGUCAAACCAAUAAACUUAUAUUGUGGAGCAAA